AUGGACACUAACGGAAAUCUACAACUGGAUCAUGGGAGUCUUCCCAUACUACCAGAAUCAUCAGCAACGAUGGCAAAACUUCGUCACUCUUUAUCCUUCAAUGACUGCUUCGUGAAAGUUGUUAGAUCCCCAAACAAGCCAGGAAAGGGAUCCUUCUGGACGCUCCAUGAGCAUUGUGGUAACAUGUUCGAGAAUGAAAGAGAUUCAAAGUCAAGGUGCAUGAUCAGCCAACCAGUGGUGAAGGUUGAUGUGAAAGAGGAGCUGCAAUCAGCAGCGUCGGCCACCCCUGUCCUACUUGACCCAACCGCGUCGGCAGUCAAUCGCAGUCAAUCAGUCAUCUCCAGUGUCGGAAGUCUUGGAGCUACACAGAGGGACCCUGACUGUGCAAAUAUUACCGGAACUUUGAAUGACAUGGAUCUCAAUGCCGAUGCUCAGCAACAACUGCAGCAGCUAUUGCCCAAUAUUGUCGACAUGGAGGAGGAUCAGGCGGAAAGCUCGUGA